GCAAAUGCGGCGAGCUGGAGAUUGCACAGGCAUUUUUGGAGAAGAUGGAUGAUGAGUAUCCCGGAUUGGCGAACGUCGUGCAUUUCACGACGCUCAUCGACGCUCAUGUGCGACGCGGAAAUACUGUGAAGGCCUUUGAAAUGUUCCAGAACCUACGGACGUGGCGUGCAUUAGAACCAGAUGAGGUCUUGUUCACGGUGAUGAUCAAGGCAUGCGGGGUCAAUCGCGAAGCAGAGCGUGCACUAAAUAUACUAGACGACUUGCGUGCUUGUGGGCUGUAUCCAACGGACAUCACAUAUCGGGAACUCAUAAAGAUACGUAUUGACGAUGAGGUGUAUGCGUAAGUAACUUUUUCCUACCUUCAUCACCUUGAGCUAUUUGAACGCCCACUACAUUGACAAUUAUUUAUGAAUUUAUUUUCAAAAACAAGUAUCCUGCACCUAUUCCUACGUAACAGUAGGAUGUCAUCAUUAUUUUCAAAAAGUAACCUACUCCUACAUGUAAUUACACCAGCGUUUUGAUAUUGAUCGUCUUCUCUCUAUUUCUAACGUAUGUGAUGGCACAGCGCGCUGAUUUUGCGAAGAAGGCUUUUGAGUUCAAAAAUCACAUGGACGCAGAGGAUUUGCCGAUGUGUGCAGAGGUGUAUGGAGAUCUUCUCCUCGCUUGCUCGAAGUUGGAGAACAGCAAAGGACGCGCGAGCGCUGUUCUCGCAGAGAUGCAGACCAAGGAUCUGGUGCUCACUCCUGAUGGCUACGAGAACCUAGUGCGCUGCUUUGCAAGAGCCAUGUUUGUCGAGGUCCCGCAGGAACGCAAAAACGGAAACGGAGCGGGAGGAUCCUUUCAGUUAUGUAGAAAACUCAGCCGAAGCACUUGCCCCUCAACUUGAGGAAUACUUGUUACUUGGAUAUUCUCUGUUCAUCUGAGACUCAGAUCCAUCCUCUCUGUCUCAGGUGCAUUCUCGCUGAUCAGCGUGGAUACUAACUAAAAAUGGCACCAAUCUUUUCACCGAUCUUAUUCUCGUCCUUCAUCUUCCAGCAGCUUGCGGCACGGUAGCGAACCCAGUCGCGGCAUCAUACUCAAUCAAGUUUAUAAUAGCGACACUAGCGUCGAGCACUUGGUGCACAGUACGAGUGACAAUUGUCAGCACAGCAGCGCCAAGCGUCCAGUUGCGCUCAAGGAACGGGUUCUGAAUUUGCGGCAAGCUUGGAUGGUUGUGCAGGACGCGAAACGCAAGAAAGUGGAAAUCUCUAGGGGCAUGUUGGACGCAAUAAUGAGUGUUUAUAUCGAGGGCACAUUCGACGGGUAUGCAGUGGAAAUGCUGCAUCAGUACGCGGACUUUGGGGUACAGCCUGGGUUUCAAACAUACCGCAGCUUGCUCGAGAUGUUUCAUCUAAAGAAGGACGUAGCGCGCUUUUUUAGCCUGUGGGACGUAGCAAACGAUCAAGGGGUCUUUCAGCGUUAUCUGCGUGAGAGCUGCGGCAUGCACGGACUGACUGGUUGCGUCGAUCAAUACCAACAAUCUUGGCCAUCCGAUAGUACCUCGUUGUCCCGACCUGAGCUUGAAGGAGAAGGACCGGACGCAAGGACGUCCAACCGCGAAGUUGAAAAGCCGGCUUAUACUCGUGCAGGAUUUUUUGCAGGUGCUUCAUCUUCUGAUUUUGGUAACACGACCGACACCUCCACUCCCAGCAACAUCCAAGUAGUGAACGCAACCUUAAGUCGUCUGGGAGAACCUAGACAGUCUGGCUCUUCAGGAGAGGGAUCAGAUCUUCACAAUUUUGAUCUGGACAGUCUUGUGGAGAUGAAGUGCACAUCUAUCUAUGUACCCGAAUAUGCGCGGGAGCAGGUUUCGAAUCUGCAUCAGCUAGCAUUGGAUAAUUCCAUCCGAUCGCAGUCCAGUCGUCGGUGCUGCAACGUGCUAGAACAGCUGUACGAGGUUGGCGUCUUCCCGUGCACGCAGAUGAGUGAGCGCCUCGCGAAAGUCGGCCGCCACGUGUUGGACAUACACCAGUGGGUGCAGAAAUUCAUCACGAUGAAUCGACUUAUGAACUACACAACUAAAGGCGUCUAUUAGAGCUGCUUAAGCAAUAUAUUGAUAUAUAUGAAAUGAAUCGCUGGAAGGAUUCGUCGACAGGCUUUUUCCUAUCAAGAAAGUGGCUCGUGGUUAGUGAGGAUCAAGAAAAAAUCUGUACACCUGUAUUAUGAAUAAGAGGAGGAUGAUCGGAACUGUUAGGAUCAGUUGUACAUAUAGAGUAGGUGACUGAUCAUCUGAAGUAGAACAAGAAGCUACAUGGUAAUAAUAAUAAACUGCGGUAGUGCCUCCUUCAUAUGCAAGACGACGUACCAGCGCGUGACUCGAGACCAAACCGUGCUGGACGCAGAACUUCGGGAGUACGGAAUUAGACAGGCGCUCGAGGGUCGCCGUACUGGCCAGCGUACUGCUGCGGAGAAAGCAAGGAAGGACAACUUCAAAACUUUAAGGCGACGUGGCGACUUAGCGAAACCGAGGUUCCAAAAAGGCGAGUAUAUGAAACGCAAAGCAAAGGGAGGCGAAUACUGGAGUCAGAAAGUAGAUCGGCAAGGUCAUGUACCAGAAUUGCCGUCCUAG